CAGAGUGAGUUUCUCUAAUCCUUCUGCUUCAUCUCCCCUACCUCUCCCAAGACCCUUGUCUCAGGAAGGAACAGCAAUAGCUUUGAGGAUAAUAUAGCUUUAAGGCAACUUUUGGCAGAUGCAAACGUCCUGACAUCUGGGCAGUGUUAAAAGAAUCCCAGAAUCCCGGAGGCCCGGACAGACCAGGAGCCACUCGUUCUAGGAAUGUUAAAAUAGAAGGGUUUUUCCCCCUGACCACGACUGAUGAGAGGAGCAGACAGCAAGAAGAAAAAGGAGAGCGAAAAAGGGCGCACACACACAAUAAAACAGAUCCUAUAUUUCUGCUUCCUCUCACUUUUAGAAAUUCACAGAUGGCUGAUUUAUGAAAGUCAUUUUCAUGUACCCUGAUACUUCUGGCCACACAUCUCUAUUUGUAUCUCCCUAACACUCCCUCUAGGAUGGCUGGUCAACUAAAUCCAAGAGGAGCUCUCUCUCUGCUGCUCUUCCUAACUCCAGCAGUGACACCAACAUGGUAUGCAGGUUCGGGCUACUAUCCAGAUGAAAGCUACAAUGAAGUAUAUGCAGAAGAGGUACCACAGGCCCCUGCACUAGACUACCAAGUCCCCAGAUGGUGUUACACAUUAAAUAUCCAGGAUGGAGAAACUACAUGCUACUCACCAAGGGGAAGAAAUUACCACAGCAGCCUGGGGACACGGUGUGAAAUCUCCUGUUACCGAGGCUUUCGGUUGAUUGGCCAGAGAUCAGUGAAAUGCCUGCCAAGUCGUCGUUGGUCUGGAACUGCCUACUGUAGGCAGAUGAGAUGCCAUGCACUGCCAUUUAUCACUAGUGGCACCUACACUUGCACAAAUGGGGUGCUUCUUGACUCUCGCUGUGACUACAGCUGUUUCAGUGGCUACCACCUGGAAGGUGACCGCAGUAGGAUCUGUAUGGAAGAUGGACGAUGGAGUGGAAGCGAUCCUUUAUGUGUAGACAUAGACCCUCCCAAGAUUCGUUGUCCACACUCACGGGAGAAGAUGGCAGAGCCAGAGAAACUGACUGCUCGAGUAUACUGGGACCCACCCUUAGUGAAAGAUUCUGCAGAUGGUACCAUCACCAGGGUCACCCUUCGAGGCCUUGAGCCUGGUUCACAUUUUUCUGAAGGAGAGCAUGUGAUUCGUUACACUGCCUAUGAUCAUGCCUACAAUCGAGCCAGCUGCAAGUUCAUUGUAAAAGUACAAGUGAGACGCUGCCCAAUUCUGAAACCACCACAGCAUGGCUACCUCACUUGCACCUCAGCAGGAAACAACUAUGGCGCCACCUGUGAAUACUACUGUGAUGGCGGUUAUGAGCGUCAGGGGACCCCUUCUCGCGUGUGCCAGUCCAGUCGCCAGUGGUCAGGAUCACCACCCAUCUGUACUCCUAUGAAGAUCAAUGUCAAUGUCAAUUCAGCUGCUGGCCUUCUGGAUCAGUUCUAUGAGAAACAGCGACUCCUCAUUAUCUCAACUCCUGAUGCUUCUAACCGAUAUUAUAAAAUGCAGAUUUCUAUGCUGCAGCAAUCCACCUGUGGGCUGGACCUGCGGCAUGUGACCAUCAUUGAGCUGGUGGGACAGCCACCUCAGGAAGUGGGACGCAUCCGUGAGCAACAGUUGUCAGCCAGCAUCAUCGAGGAACUCAGGCAGUUUCAGCACCUCACUCGCUCCUACUUCAACAUGGUGCUGAUUGACAAGCAAGGUAUUGAUCGGGAACGCUACAUGGAACCUGUCACCCCAGAAGAAAUCUUCACAUUCAUUGAUGACUACUUGCUGAGCAAUCAAGAGCUGACCCAGCGCAAGGAGCAAAGGGAUGUAUGCGAGUGAACUUGAGCCAGGGCAUGGUUGAGGUCAAGGGCAUCACCCACACCCAUGUUACAGAAACUGAAGCCUAAUAAAAGGAGGAAAUGGUU